AUGACAUCACGAAGUACCCCUUCUUUGUGUGUCAGUGAUGUCACCAAGUGCAGCGUGGGGGACAAUGGAAUCCUGAACUCCGGGCGAAGGCGAGUGGGAAGCGGCUGCUCCUACUGCUGGUUCAGGGCUGAGCCGGGGGAGGGAGACACAGCUGCUGCUUUAGGGCUGAAACAGGUUGGGGUGUGUGGUGGGGGGGUCGCUAUGUCGGAUGACGAUUCGAGGGCCAGCACCAGCUCCUCCUCAUCUUCAUCCUCCAACCAACAGACAGAGAAAGAGACAAGCACGCCUAAGAAGAAGGAAAGCAAAGUCAGCAUGAGUAAAAACUCUAAGCUGCUAUCUACCAGUGCCAAGAGGAUUCAGAAGGAAUUGGCUGACAUCACCUUAGAUCCACCUCCCAACUGCAGUGCUGGCCCCAAAGGUGAUAACAUCUACGAAUGGAGAUCAACCAUUCUAGGACCUCCAGGUUCAGUCUAUGAGGGAGGUGUUUUCUUCCUUGACAUCACAUUUACACCAGAAUAUCCUUUCAAGCCUCCAAAGGUAACGUUUCGGACAAGAAUCUACCACUGUAAUAUUAACAGCCAAGGCGUCAUCUGCCUGGACAUUUUAAAAGACAACUGGAGUCCAGCAUUAACCAUUUCUAAAGUUCUCCUCUCCAUCUGUUCCCUCCUCACAGACUGCAACCCAGCUGACCCCCUGGUUGGAAGUAUUGCCACUCAGUAUAUGACUAACAGAGCAGAGCAUGACAGAAUGGCCAGACAAUGGACCAAAAGAUAUGCUACAUAAAUUGGAUUUCUGUCAAACUCUUACAUUAUUUGUCUGUGAUGGAAAGAGCUGCUUAUGAUUUUGAAGGGG